AUGAACAUAUUCAAUGUUGAAGAUUCACUUGAAGAAUUCGAUAUUCAGUAUAUGAAGGCAUACAAUCAGGUGUUGAAUAAGUAUCACGAUUGUACCAAUAGUGCCAGAAAGCUGAGGUCAAAGUCACUUUCCAGCAAUAAGAAGGAGAUCGCAUCUCCUUUGCUUGAUAAGCAUACGAACAGAUUUGAUGGGGGCCGGGCUGGCACCUUUGAGUUCCUUAAAAAUUCUCUGCAAAGCAUAUCACCUACUAGUAGAGUGACGUCUAAACCAUUUGGUAAAAUAUCGAAGAUGAGACCCCCAUUGAAGCCAUCAGUCACUAUCGAAUCGAUUGAUACGAUAUCGCAAUCGAUGAAGCCUAAGCAUCUUUCUUCCCCUACCUCACCAAAAUUCCGUGAAAGCAAGUGCACUUCAGGGGUAGCAUCAUUCAACAGUUAUGUUGGUAACCCUUUCUACAAACCUUCCAACACCCGGGGAAUAAAAUCAAUGCCGUCUAUUCCUACGUUCUCUUCAUUUAAUUUUAGCUUGGAUAAUACAUCUCAAUCGAGCAAUUUUCAAGAUGUUCCAAGUAUAUGUCACAAGAAGCGUAAAGUUUCUACUGAGUCAGAUAUGCAACUUCUGGUUGACGAGGAUGAUCAUCCGGACCCUUCCAGUUCUGAUGCAUCCUUAUCGUCGUUUGAUUCCAUUUUAUCGUUGAAUGAUGACCAGUUUAACAACUUUAACUUUGACUAUUUCAUGUCACAGGAAAAUUCAGAUAUGUUUAGCAUCGAUGAUAAGCUAAUUUUUAAGGACUAUUAUCCAUUUGAAUAA